CGCUCCGCGCCUGGGCCGCGCCGCGGCCGCGCAUGGGCCCAGCGCGCGCGGGCGCACGCGCGGCCCUCGUCGGCGAUGGGCCCACACCUGCCCGAGGGGGGCCUCCUGAACCUGUACAUCGACGAGCUGGCGCCCGCGAGGGAGACCGGUGGCUCCCGCUGGACGGGCGCUGCCCGGGAGGUCUUCCUGCAGCGCAUCCCGCCGCUGCACACGUACUCGAACGUAGAGUUCAAGACGUGGCUGGGCCGCUUCGGCGAGGUGGAUGACGUCACGCUGAUCUUGCUGCCCGGACCUGUCCGGAGGCCUACGGGAAGCGCGUACGCCCGCUUUGUCCGCCACGAGGAUGCCGCCGCGCUGAUCGCCGCCCACCCCGUGCGCUCCAGAGAGCGCCCGGGCUUCGUCGACCGCCGCGCUGCCCAGAUCGAGGCCCCCGAGUGCCGCUGGUCCUUGUCGGAGCGCCUCCAGCAGGGGCCGCGGGGCAACCUUGUGGACGCUGGCGUGCUCGGCUCGCUGCGGGCGCGGGUGCGGCGCCUGCGGGGCUCCGCCGAAGGCUGCCCCUCUCUUGCCAUGGCGGGGGACGGCUGCGGUGAGACGCAGGAGACGCAGGCGCUGGGGCCGACGGUGCUCGAGGGCCCGCUGCGCUUCUCCUGGCGCAGCGCGGACACCGGCGGCGAGGCCCCCGAGGCCCUGCGCGCCGGGCUGGCGCGCAU